CUCAUUCUCAUAAUCAAAUCCCAAACAAACUGUACCAUUAACUAUUGGACUGAAUAGUCAUGUAUUCCCAAAAGUCUACACCGUCGUCAGUCCCAUCACCAGUAUAUGGUCAACCACCACCAGGACCAUCAUAUGUCGCCGGCGUUUCAGCUUCAUCUCUGGUGUCCCAAACCUCCUGGUCAAGUGGACUUUGUGACUGUUGCCUUGAUAUCCCUAACUGUUGUAUAACAUGUUGGUGCCCUUGUGUUACUUUCGGACAAAUAGCUGAGAUUGUAGACAACGGCAAAACGUCUUGUGGAUUUCAUGGAACCCUCUAUGCACUGAUCAAUGUUCUAAGCGGUUGUGGAUGCAUGUAUGCUUGCUUUAAUCGUACCAAGAUGAGGCGCCAAUAUGGAUUGCCUGAAGUUCCUAGUAAUGAUUGUUGCGUUCAUUUCUGCUGUGGACCAUGUGCCUUGUGUCAAGAGUAUCGCGAGCUUCAACAUCAAGGAUUCGACUUGUCUAUUGGUUGGGAAGGAAAUAUCCAUAGGUCGACGAUGACUAACAUUGGAGUCCAAAUUCCACCCACUGCUCUUGGAGGAAUGAGUCGUUAGUUACAUGGAGAUUAGUUACUAAUUUGUUAUUUUACACACAUUAAUUCCUUAUUUUACACAGAUUAUGUAAAUCAUCUAUUUCUACUUAUAUUUAUAUCUAUAUUUAUCUGUUCUAUAUCUUUAUAUACUUAUAAAAGAUAUUAUUUUACUUGUUUCACAUAUAUUUGAAACUCCCGUUAUUU